AGGCCCCCAACGCUCCUUGUCUAAUACAACUACUAUUCCAUUUGAUAUUUUUUGCGACCACUCAUUAUAGCUUUCUAUAGUAGAGAUCCUUUCACGCCUAGAUUGAUCAUUGCAAUAGUAAAACAUGUUGCCCGAGGACUUGCAUCCUGGUGGUCCCUUUAGGAGGGCCAUCAUCAGCACAAUGUGCCGCACUAGUAGACGAUCAUUAAUACCACCAUGCAUAGUGGUCUGACUGAAGGAUCUUUAUUUAUCUAAUCGUCUAUCAGUUGCAGUAGAGUAGUGGUCCCUCGCUUCAAAAAAAUUCGUACAGAUUUAGAAUUACUUACGGCUCGGAAUCGGUUCGACGUCACAAUUCAACACAGCGACACGCGACGGCGACACGAGGAGCAACAGUUUCCUCGAAUAAAGGCCUUAUACUUACCUUUAUCGUGAAGAGGAGGCUAUCCACGAUAAUCGAUUGCGAAUACGAAGUCAAAACUCUGCUUCUGAGAAAGUUGUAGUUGUACUAGACCAUCGCUUAUUACUUUAUUUCGACCCAUAUUAAUUCCGUUUGAAAUCACUCUUUUCGCUUGACAAACCGUACCUAUUACAUCAACUGUGAAGGCGCAACUUUUUGUUUUUCGACCCCAACAAGAAUCUUCACAGAAGUAGUUUGACUAGAGUACGAGUAGCCCCCUCGUAUUUUGUCAGCUUUCUUCACGACAUUUCAUAUUCAAUCACGAUCAACACCUGAUAUACAAAAAAAAACAUUUUCGUGGAUAUAAUAAUUAGCCCAAGAAUAUUAUUAAUCGAAAAUGGCGGACCCUAACCAUCCGGACAUUGCGAAGCUCCCUCCGGGUUUUGUCGUGGUCCCCUCUUCGUCGCGACCCGGGCAGGUUUCUUACCUGCACAAGGCGAGCGGAAAAAAGUACAUGACCAUCCAGCAGUGCUGGGACGUGCACGCGGGUGGGGCGGGUGGCGGGGCCACUUCUUUCAAGAUCGGCGCCCGGAAGUCCGAGGGCGGGGGGAACCAAGCGCAGUACGCACCAAGCAAGGAGCAGCUGAAGCUGAUCCAGAAGGUCUUAUCCACCAACGACGAGACCACCAAGGCCGGGAAGGUUUGGUACAAGAAGUACAACGUGGGCAAGCCCGGGCAGCUGAACCAGGAGGAACUACGAAAAUGCAUCGAGGCGCUGAACAGCGAGAUUGGGUUGCCCCCGUUGAACGACGACCGGCUCCUGGAUGCGUUGAUGAAGAAGUUCGACACGAACAAAAACGGAUUCCUGGAAUUCACCGAGUUCCUCUGCCUGUACGCGGCCAUCCUGCGCCGCGUGCGGGACAAAUACAUCAAGGCGGGGAUUCGCCGAGAUUUCUUCAUUGACAAGAACAAAACCGGGAAGCCGGAAGACUUCUACAAAACGCUGAAAAAACUGGGCGAGGGGUCCUUCGGCCUCGUCUACCUCGUGGAGGAUCUUUCCUCCCACCAGGAGCGGGUGCUAUGCACUGCAAAAAUGUCUGGGCCUGGAAACUUGUGAUGCAAGGAAGGGAAGAGUGGAAGCACUGUAAUGCGCUGCCCAGCAUGAUAAGUUUUUCCGUGGUUCUGAGUUGCGUACUCCGCAUGACAGCCUGCGUUUCUGCAUGAUGGGCAAGAGGAGCUCUUCGCGGCCACGCAAUACAGAGCUCACAGUCAUGCCAGACUAGCAUGACAGAUCUCGCAAUCUACCAGAGGACCCAGACAUAUUUGCAGUUCAUAGGUGCUCAAAGUCGUCAACAAGGCGAAGUCGGCCAUGCCCCCGGAGGAGCUGCAGCUGGAGAUUGACACUUUGAAGUCUCUCGACCACCCGCACAUUAUCCGCCUCUUUGAGUACUUCGAGGACUACAACAACAUCUACAUCGUGAUGGAGACCGCCAAGGGCGGCGAGUUGCUGGACGUCAUCGAGUCGAACUACAAGGCGGGGUACAGACUCAACGAGCAGUGGAUAAGUGUGGUGUAUACGCAGGUCUUAAACGCGAUCUCAUACGUGCACGCGCGGGGCAUCAUGCACAAGGACCUGAAGGCGGAAAACAUCAUGCUUUUGGACGACGGGAACUCAGCAACACAGCCACACGCGGUCGUCAUUGAUCUUGGGCUAGCGGAAAUGUUUGACAAGGUACUAACUGUGACACGCAAUCUCGUCUUGCGAAAAAAAGGAUUAUACUUUGAUGAUACAAAAACUUGUAAGUGCUUUCCGCAAAUUUUUGAGUAUCAGGAAAAAUGGCGUUUGUGAAAUAAAAGCAGUUUUAGCUUAUUAAGAUGAGAUGUGUCGUGGUCAUACAAAAACGCUGCAUCUACAAAAACCACAUCACAGGUCACUGGCAAAUCAAAAAAUAUCGCGGGAACCCCGGUUACCAUGGCGCCAGAGGUAUGGAACCAGAGUUUCGGCCCGAAGUGCGACGUGUGGUCCUUGGGAGUGGUAUUGUACCAGCUUCUCUCUGGAAAGUUGCCCUUCAUCGCAAAAACGUGCAAGAAAAAGGACUGGCUCGCAGUCUUGACCGUGCCACCAAACUGGAAAAGAGUAGAACACGCCAGUCAGCCGGUAUUUCUACUUGUUCUACUUGUGAUCUGCUUUAUUUUCUUUUUUUAUGCCGAUAAUUGUUUCUGAGUCUUACACUUUCUAUUUGGGAAGAUCUUCGCUAGUAGACCCCGCCCUUGUCAAGAAUCUACAAGAACUUGUCUAAAAACACACACCAAGUACAAGUACGUAGUUUUUUUUCGUAUCAACAAGAACUCCAACCCCCUAUUAUACAUAUACAACAGGUCCGCCAGCUUCUCUCGUCCAUGCUUACGGUGGACGAAAACAAGCGACCCACCUGCAGCGAGUGCCUGCAAUUCCAGUGGUUCCGGGACGCGCCAGGCAUGAAGGACGUGCAUUUGUCCGAGAACACGAUGGACGAGCUUAUGAAGUACCACGAGCGGUCCGACCUCGAAAAGGUGGUCCGCAUGCAGGUCGCGUCCCAGCUUUCCGCCAACAAACUCCCCAAGCUGAACGCGAUUUUCCGCAAAUACGACGUGGACAACAACGGCACGCUUUCCAUGGACGAACUGGCCGGCGCGCUGCAGGAACUGGGGGUGGACCCCGCCGUGUGCAAACGGGCCGCGGAGUCCCUGGACGUCGAUAACUCCGGCUACGUGGAGUACACAGAAUUCGUCGCAGGCUGCCUCAACUUCUUUGACAACAACCUGGACGCGAUGCUCUGGAAGGCCUUCCAGAAAAUCGACGUGGACCACAGCGGGUCACUAUCUAUCGACGAAAUUGGGCAACUCCUCACCCGCGGCGCGGAGUUUGGGCUCGGAAAUAUCAGCCCCGACGCGUCACAAGUGCGACAAAUGAUCGCCCGACUAGACAAAAACGGCGACGGGAAAGUCGAUUGGGACGAAUUCAAAGCGUUCUUCACGCCAAAACUAUGA